AUGCGAUCCCUCCUCCUCUGCGCCCUCUCCUUGUUGGUUGCGCUCGCCGCCGCGCGGGACGGGUGCUACAACACCAAGGACGUGCAUGAGACGCUUGUGAUUUCGAGUGGGUCCGGGUCGCCCGACUGCGUCACCAACAACAAGCUCCUCUUGGUGAACGGGUCCUUCACGGGCCCGACGUUGACCAUGCACAAAGGCGACAAGCUCCACUUGACGAUCGUGAACGAGCUCGACUCGAUGUUCUCGAUGCACAUCCACGGCGCGACCCAGUUCGGUACGCCCUUCUCGGACGGCGCCGCCGGCAUCAACGCCAUUCCGAUGCAGCCCCACUCGAGUGUGACGCGUUCGACUGUCAUGCACGAGGCCGGCACGUUCUUCUACCACGCGCAUCUGAAGCUUAUGGACAUGCACGUCUACGGCGCGCUCAUCGUCAAGGAACACGGCGAGAAGUAUGACGACCUCGUUUUGAUGCUCUCCGACUACUGGCACGCCGACCUCGAUACGCUUCAUUACGGUCUCCUCGACGCCCCGGCCUUUCAAUUCGUCGGUUUUCCCCAAGCGUUCUUGACCAACGGCCGCGGCAACGUCGGCAACUGCUCGUCGGGCGUUGACACGAGCUUGAUGACGCUGCGUGUCAAGCCCCGUACGACGUACCGGCUGCGCAUCAUUGGCGGCACGUCGCUCUUUGGCGUGCAUUUUCGCAUUCCCGAGCACAAGCUCACGAUCGUCGAGAUUGAGGGCACCAAGGUGGCGCCGAAAGCUGUCGACUACGUCGAGGUGCUCCCUGGCCAGCGCUACACGGCCCUCCUCACGACGGACCAGCCCGUCGACAAUUACUUUAUGCAAAUCGAUGGCCGGUGGCGCGCCGGCGCCCCCCGCAACGGCCUCUCGGUGCUCCAGUACGAAGGUGCGCCGAGCGCGCCGACGUCGCCGUCGACGCUCCUUCCGUAUGUGACCGAGACGGUCAAUUUUAUGGACCAGUUUGAACCGACGACGCGCUUGAACAUGCCGGCGACCGCGGAUGUCAUUGUGCACCUCCAAGGCAAGCAGAUCGCGUUCGGUGCCGAUGGCAAGCAGCGCCGGUGGGCCAUGAACAACAUCACGUAUGUCAAACAAAUGACGACGAGUGUGCUUGAAGCUGUCAUCGCCAACCAGCUUGGCGCGCUGCCCGACAACUCGCGGCCGUCAACGAGCAUCACGAAAGGCCAGGUCGUCGACGUCGUCUUGGAGAACGCGGUCGCACUCAACGGCGUCUGCGAGAUGCAUCCGUGGCACCUCCACGGCCACAGCUUUUGGGUUGUCGGUGCUGGUGCGGGUGCAUACGAUGCGGCCGCACCCUCUGCAGCCAAGCCCUUCAAGCGCGACGUCGUUGGCGUCUACCCGUACCACGCAGCGUACAACCAGCCAGUGGGCACCGCGGGGGCGCCGUGCGGCUGGACGCGCAUUCGGUUUGUCGCUGAUAACGUUGGCGUCUGGCCGCUCCACUGCCACGUGGCGUCGCAUUUCGACAUGGGCAUGGCCACAGUGUUUGUUGUUGGCGAAGACGACCUUCAUAACCCCGAGAUUGUCGCCGCGCUCCGUGCUGCUUCGGCAUGAAAGUCGUAUAGUUAUGAAUAAUACCAGUUCCUUCAAGUACAUUUGCGUUGAUAAACCUUCU